AAAGGAAAGGAAAAUGCUCAAGUUGGCUACUUGAGUCUCACAAUCCCUUUUCUUUGUUUCUCAUGGUAACACAACACAUGAUCGGAACAUCAAACGAUUUCUAGAAUUUGGUUUGUUCGUCGGCAAUCUUCAACGGCUAAAUGCCAUCACAAUCGGAUGUUACUGAAUCGUCACCACAGACAACGCCGGAGUCCGCCGUUAUCGAUGUUGCCGUUUCCCAACCACCGCCGUCCUCUUCCUUCGAUGACUUAUUCUCUACUGCCUCCCUCGCCUCUGUCUCCUCCUCCUCUUUAUCCGAUGACAACAGAAAACCCUCACCCUCCCCUGACCCUUCUCAAAGCCGUCCUCAGAUCCCCAUUACAUGGCCUUCUGAUGGCGUUCUAACCCUAGAUUGGGUCACAAACCUUAUGUCAACCUUCGAUUGGUCAUCCAGGAAUCUCCGGCCGACGGAACUCCCGACGGUGUUGCCGGUGGAAGUUUUUGAUAUUCUAGUGCUCACUGCGUCAAAGAUCUUACAUAAAGAGCCCAAUUGCGUUUCGAUUGAGCCUGAUAGGGAUGGUAUGGUGGGAUCGAGUGUGGUGGUGGUUGGAGAUGUGCAUGGGCAGUUGCAUGAUGUAUUAUUUUUGUUGAAAGAUGGGGGGCUUCCAUCUGAAAAUAAGUUCUUUGUGUUCAAUGGUGAUUAUGUUGAUCGAGGAGCUUGGGGUCUUGAGACCUUUCUUCUUUUGCUGGCUUGGAAAGUCUUUUUGCCACAAAGAGUUUUUCUACUUCGUGGGAAUCAUGAAUCCAAAUACUGUACCUCAGUUUACGGAUUUGAAAAGGAAGUACUUGCCAAGUACGGAGAUAAAAGGGAAGGAAAGCAUGUUUAUCGUAAGUGUCUAGGAUGUUUUGAAGGACUUCCUCUUGCUUCCAUUAUAGCAGGGCGUGUUUAUACAGCACAUGGAGGGAUCUUCCGCAAAAUACCUGCUACCCCAUCCAAACGAGCUAAAGGAAAGAAGAAUCGUAAAGUAAUUCUGAACCCAGAGUCUGUUCCUUUAUCUCUUGGCUCUCUAGAGGAAUUAUCUAAAGCUAGACGAUCUGUACUUGACCCUCCAUGGGAAGGCCAGAAUUUGAUUCCUGGGGACGUUUUGUGGUCUGACCCUUCGAUGAAACCUGGUCUUUCUCCAAACAAGGAAAGAGGUAUUGGCCUUUUGUGGGGUCCAGACUGCACAGAAGACUUUUUAAAGAAAUUCAAUCUCAAGUUAAUUAUUAGAUCUCAUGAAGGUCCUGAUGCAAGGGAAAAACGGCCUGGUCUUGGAGGAAUGGAUGAAGGGUACACCAUAGAUCAUGUUGUAGAGUCUGGGAAACUGAUUACUCUCUUCAGUGCUCCAGACUAUCCACAGUUUCAGGCGACAGAGGAACGUUACAAAAAUAAAGGAGCAUACAUUGUCCUAGAAUCUCCUAAUUUUGACGCCCCCGUCUUUCAUAGUUUUGAAGCGAUCAUGCCAAGACCCAAGGUGAACCCAUACUAUGACUUCGAGAAUGUGAUCGACUCUGAUGAAGAAUUAGAUCUAAUGAUGAUGGUGGAGGCUUCCUGAAUGAUUCCAUCAUCAUCUGUUGUAAUUUCCGGAUUUUGAACAAGUUUUUUGUUUGCAUCUGUUCUUGGUUGCAUAGUGCUUGGUAUAGAAGGUUAAGUGUUGAUGAACUGCCCUUGCAAAGUUGCAAAUGUAGAUUUGGUAUAUUAAGUUUAUAUGGUUACAUUUGGGCAGUUAUAAUUCAUUUUAACGAUGCUGUUAGAGGUUUGUACUUGAUGCCUAGGAAGUUGUACAUUGGCUUUUUGAUCUUUUCUAUUAUUACUUACAUUCAUGUAACAAUUUGGUUAUAUUCAUAGAAUAGCCCAAGGUAAGUUGA